AUGCGGACCUUCCUCCCCCUCGCGACCAUAGCCGCCAGCGCCGCGGCAGCAGCCUCGAUAAGCCGUCGGUCCGACCCGACGGUCGACUUGGGCUAUGUGACACACCAAGGCCACAGCAACAGCCGCGGCGUCGACGAGUUCCUCGGUCUGCGCUUCGCAGCCCCACCACUGGGAGACCUCCGCUGGCGCGCCCCGGCGGACCCGGAGCCCGUCGCCGGUGUUCAGAACGCGACAGUCAAGCAGGCCGUCUGCGUGGGCCAGGACAAGUUGGUCGUCGCCGGCGUCACCGAGGAGGACUGUCUCUAUGUGAACAGCUACACGCCGUCCAAAGCGACGGCCAACCCCGACGCGAAGCUGCCCGUGUGGGUGUAUCUUCAGGGAGGCGGCUACCAGACUAAUUCUGGGGGCAACUAUAAUGGCACCGAGGUGAUUGUGCAGUCGGGGUACGAUAUCGUUCAUGUCAAUGUCAACUAUCGCGUGGCCCAGCUCGGGUUUCUCGGCGGUGUGGCUGUGGUCGAGGGUGGUGGCGAUUACAAUGUCGGGUUGCUGGAUCAGUGGAAGGCACUGGAGUGGGUUCAGGAGCAUAUUGAGCAGUUUGGCGGAGACCCAGACCAAGUCGUCCUCCACGGUCCCUCUGCCGGAGCCGGGGCCGUCAGUCACAUCAUGACUGCCUACGAUGGCGUUGACCACGGGUUGUUCGUGGGCACGAUUGGUGAUGCUUUCGCAUGGGGCGUGGGAGCCUAUCCCAACGACACGGACGCUCACUUCGCCAUGUUCUCAUCGCAGAUGGGAUGCGCGAACGCCACUGAUCAGAUGGCAUGUCUCCGUGCCACCGAUAUCAACAAGAUCCAGACAUUCGAUCGAAACGCAGCACCACCCGCAGGAGUGCCCACACCUAACAUGGCCAUGUGGUUCAGCCCGCUCAUCGACGGCGUCUUCGUCACCGGUCCCCAGCAGGACUCGUUCAGCCAGGGAAAAUUCGUCAAAGUCCCCAUGAUAACGGGCGACGCGACGAACGAGGGUAACACGUUCGCGCCAAACGCCAGCACCACCGAGGAGGUGACAGCACUCGCGCAACUGGAGUUUGUGAACCUGACAGACGCCCAGAUCGACACCAUCGUCGCCGCCUACGACCACCCGCGGCCGCUGCCCCAGCACGCGGCCUAUUUCUCCGUGGUGGCCGACAUACUCGGCGAGUUCGGCUUCAUCUGCCCCGUUAACAAGGUCAGCAUGGGCGUGGCGGCGCACCUAUCGCCCGAUCAGGUCUGGAACUACCGUUGGAACACGACCGAGCAGCUGGAGGUCGACAUGGGGUGGGAGGCGUGGCACACCAGCGACAUCAUCCCGUUCUUUGGCCCGGGCCAGGCGAGCGGUCCCGACGGGUAUGAGGAUCUCGACAUCGGGUAUUCGUUCUACCCGGGUGGCGAGAACGCGGCCAUCGUGCCGGUGCUGCAGCACUACCUUAUCAGCUUCAUCAAGAAUCUGGACCCCAAUGUGGAGCGCUACGCGGGCUCGCCUGAGUGGGAGAACUGGGGCGAGGGCUUGGGACAGCGGCUGCGGAUCCAGACGAAUGCUACGGCUAUGGAGGAGGUGCCGCAGGAUCAGGUCGAUCGGUGUAAUAUGUUUUGGGACCUCAACGAUAUCAUGAAGCAGUGA